AUGCCAUAUUCGCUUUGCAAACGUAAGCGAAUAAAUGGCACUCAGGAGACAGACUAUGGUAGGGUAUUUGGGGUGGUUGCUGGCGACUCUAUCCAGCCGAGAGCUAUCUCCAAAGUAGACAAGAUGAUCAAAAAUUCCGUUCAUCAUGACCUUUCCACCGGAUAUAGUAUGGCAGACAAGAAUCAUGUCGUAAAAUACUCCAGUAGAUCUCUAAUCUUGGCAUGA